CCCACGGACGCGAUUUUCCUUGCUUUUGCCGCCGCGGAAAGUCGCAGCGAUAAUCGCAAAGAAUGGUUCCUAGUCAAUUCAGUACAUGUGUUCCCACUUGAGCGAUGCUACAAAAUCCAAGCGAUUUCUCGUGCUUUCUCGUGCUUGGCCUUGCGCGCUACGUAAUUGAGAUUGCAAAAAGGGCAAUCUAUGCGUCAAAUCGCGGGGACCGGUUAGGUCAUUUUGACUCAAGUAACUACCUUUGGGUUAUUGACAGACAGAAUUACGUAAUGAUUUGCGGGCUUGUGUCCACAAAUAGUCCUCAACUGUUCACUUGGUCAUCAUUUUGGGUCCGUCAUCACCAACUCGACAUGUCUGAACCUGAUUUUUUGGAACGGUUGAUCCUGGAGAUUGAGAAGUUCCCUAGGAUAUAUAACAAAGGAUUGGAGGAAUACAAGGAUCCUGACAAAAAAGAUGACGCAUGGAAAAAGGUUGCUGAUAAGUUGUCUAUUGGAGUUCCUCUGGCAAAAUCGAAGUGGAAAAAUAUAAGGGACGCCAUGAGAAGAUACAAGAACGAUAUUCGUACAAAGAGUGGGCAAGGAAGAAAAAAAGUAAAGGAAUACAAGUACGCAAAAAUGCUGGGAUUUCUGGAACCGUUUUUGGAGGAUCGAAGGUCAUCGGGUAAUCUUCAGGCUACUCAAGAAGAGGGCCAUGAUGAAAAGCAGACGACCAAGGAUGUAUCUGACUUCCUUGCUGAGGAUGACGAUCAGACUGUGGAUGAGGAUCACGAUGACACCAUGGAGCCAAGCAGUUCGUCAAAGACAAGUGCCGUCACAGCGAAGAAAAGGAAGAAAACUGAGAGCACUGAUGUCAUUGCCACUACGGAUGCAGUCUUUCUAAAUUACAUAAAGAAAAAAAGCGAAAAAAUGGACAGGAAACCUCCAACCGAUACUGAUGACGAUGUAGCAGAUUUCAUGAAGUCUAUGACAACUAAAGUAAGAAAGUUCCCCCCAUAUGUUAGGGCAUAUGGCUAA